ACAGGUUCAACAAUAUAGAGACUUCAGACUCAUCCCAAUAUCUAUCAUCUCUAAACAUGCGGUUUAUCAUUAUUAUUGCGGUUGGCAUAGUGACUUCAUUUGCUUUGCCAGAGCAGAAACAAUCUCUUACUUCACGUGAGAUAUCUGCUCUUGCCGAUCAACCCAAAGCAGUAUCGCUCGAAUUCGGAAAGGAAUAUACAGUAGAUGAGAUCCUUGCUCUUCACCAAUCAGUACCUGUAUCAGAUCCUAGGAGUACCAUACCCAAUCAGCUAUCUCAAAGUCUUAAGAAACGAGCACCACCUUCGAUAGGCACGUCGUUCUAUGCGGCCUUCCAAUGCCCAACUUAUGGAUCGGUCACUGUUACGCAAAAAACGAGAAUCGCCAUUACGCGCCGCCGAAACCAGGACAAUCUUGUAGAUUGGACAGGUAUAGACGAGGUUAGUAGUUGGGGUUUUGGUGACCAAACUCAAUAUGGCGUAAACGAACCUCAAACUUCAAACACAGCUACGUGGAACUUCUGCAAGUCUUUUGGAACAACUAUCUGUGCCUUCACCUUUGCAGCCCAAUACACUACCUAUUUUCUAGGAGGUUAUAGUGCUGUGGGGGUGGACGUGGGAAUUCCUACAUUGCGAGAAGUCUGUGUUACAGUACGAGCACGUAACACAUGCCCAGCUAUCGAUAUCUCGCAAGCUGUAGGAUGCCAGGUUCAAGCUACACGCAAGACAGGGAUAAUGUAACCUGCCGGUAGCCGUCCGGGGUUAAGGGUUAAGAUUGUUAAAUGUUGAAGGUGAAGAAAACGUUUUAGGUGGCUGGGCCCAGCUACUAAAUAUUUCACCUUUAGCGCUAUCGCGGUUAUCUAUACUACUAUUUAGAUAGGACUAUUUUACUAUAAAAGCGUCUACUGUCUUAUAAAAGG